AUGACGAUGGUGCAAAUUCCUCACCUCGUCGCCACAAAGGCGUCGAAACAGCUUGUCGUGAAGGGCAAGCCGUUCUUGAUGCGCGCGGCCGAGCUGCAAAACUCGUCCAUGACGAGCGCCGAGUACAUGGUCACAGUUUGGCAGAAGUUGGCCGACAUGAACAUCAACACCAUCUUGGGUUGUGUCACUUGGGAAAUGGUUGAGCCGGUCGAAGGCACUUUUGACUUUGAAGAGCUGGACAAGGUGAUUCUGGGUGCCAGGAAGCACGGGUUACACCUAGUUCUACUGUGGUUUGGCUCGUUUAAGAAUGGGCUAUCAACUUAUGUUCCAGGCUGGGUCAAAACAAACCCUAAACGCUUCCCUCGGGCCAAGCUACGAAAGGCUGGCGGUGUCCUCGAAACAGGGGACGUGCUGUCAAUUUUCCACCACGAAGCUCCCGAGGCCGACGGAAGGGCUUUCCAAAAGCUGAUAGCGCACAUCAAAGAGAUUGACGAGGCUCAUUCCACGGUUCUGAUGGUUCAGGUCGAGAACGAGACGGGUCUUUUAGGCGACUCCCGAGAUGGUUGCGAUGCUGCCAACAAGAAGUUCUCGGAGCCCGUGCCUGAUGAGUUGGUCGAGUUUCUAACCAAGGACUGGGAUACUCUCCGCCCAGAUCUCCAAAGGAGUCUCUCUACCUUCAAGGGUCGUGCAGCCGAUACCAAGAAUUCGGACUGGGAAACAGUCUUCGGAAAGAGCCCACAGACAGACGAGCUAUUCAUGGCUUAUCACUAUGCCAAGUACCUGAACCACGUCACGGGCAUGGGCAAGGCGGUAUAUUCCAUCCCUUACUACACCAAUGUCUGGCUCAACUACGCCGGGGAGGACUCAGACAACGACUUUCCAGUAAUCGUCGGCGGUGGCGGAGCACCUGGUGAAUAUCCCUCUGGAGGAGGCACGAGCAACGUCCUCGACAUCUGGCAGAUAUUCGCCCCAAACCUCGACUUUAUUGCACCAGACUGCUACCUGACAGACUACAACUCGACCUGUGCCAAGUACCGCCACCGAAAUCAACCACUCUUCAUCCCAGAGCAGCGCCGAGACCACUACGGGGUUCGAAGAAUCUGGAUCGCUUACGGCUCGUAUGCAGCUAUGGGUGUCUCACCGUUCGGUAUCGAUACUCUCGAGGGAGAGGAAGUAACAGCGUGGACGAAGCACUAUGGACUACUCAAGUCUGUUUCUGCUGUUCUACUUGAAUCGCAACGCCGGGGUGUCGACUCGGUAGGCUUCUGCUUUGACGAGCUGAAUGAAGAUGGUUCCGAUCCGAGCAAAGCCGUCAUUCGUCAUUGGGGAGGUUUCGAAAUCAUCAUCGAGAGAUGUUUCGUCUUUGGUAAACCUGGCACAGGGUCAGGCAUAGUCAUUCACAAGGGCAAGGGCAAGCUUCUGCUCAUUGGCAAAGGCUUCCAGGUCAGGGCGCGCUCGCUAAACCCGAAGGCAACUUUCACUGGGAUCCUGAAGUUUAACGAGAAGACGGUUUUCGAUGAAGAGGCUGGGACAUUGAGAACUGUCAGGAUGCUGAAUGGUGACGAGACGAGGAGUGGUAGCUGCGUCAUGAUGCCCAACGAAGACCCGGAUUAUGGAGGAUUCCCAAUUUGUGUCACCAUUCCGGCUAGGACAAUGAUUUCCGAGGUCGAGUUCUACGACAUUGAGGAUUAG